ACUUCUGCAGAGAUGUAUUACGACAUCACUCUGCAAGAGGCCUUCUUCGAUGCAGCACUUGAAAAAUACGAUGUGUUGAUUCUGCCAACCAUCCCAAAGAAGGCACCAGUUUUCCCGAAGGAAAAGUCUCCUCCGUUGCAAGGUCCGAUCGUUAUCAUUUCAUCACAUUAAUAUCAAAAAUGAUUUAUUAAUUACUUUUUAAUACUUUAAUAAGCUAAAUAAAUAACGUUAAAGCUCUUGAAAAUGUAGGGAAGACAAUAUAUCUUUUCCAAGCAGCAAAAAGUAUUAAUUUUUGGGCGAGGUCUUCAUAGGAUGUAUUAGUUUUCGCAAUUUACUUCGGCCAGAACUUUUCAUUUGCGCGAUCGAAGAUUUCAAUUCUACUUUGGGGUACACUUUUGACAGAUCCUGUGUUUUUAGACUGUUGACCAACCAGUCAUUUCAAAGACUUUGGAGAUUUUGGGAGAAUCUGUAUUUGGGUAAUUGAUUCACUUGAAAAUUCCAUCAGUAUCAAGACAUCUGUUGCAAUUUCUUUUGCAGAAUAUUUGGAGAGGGCUUCUGAAAGUGUUCCAAACACGUCGCUAACAAACGUCACAGAACACCCAGCUCUAUCUAUCAACGCUGGCUUCAGUGAUGGCUUACCAGUUGGUAUGAUGAUUGUGGGAAGAAAGCUUGACGAGGCGACAAUUCUGAAUGUCGCCCGUGCUUACGAGAAAAUCAGGGACACUACGUUUGAACCUUUCUAAUAUGCUCCCUUCCAGAAUAUUGGCUAAAAAACGUAGCUCUUAGCCCUUUUAAGAUGCGUUUUGCCUAGAAUAGCGUAGUUUGUAUCUUCCCAACAUUUUGCUGGUCUGCGGUAAGCACUGGACGCGUCAAGUUUUAGGCUAUUUUACAUGCCACCUGUUGUCCAACCUUAUGCUUAUUGUAAAAUGUAGCAAUUGCGGGUUGAAACGUUUGCAUGACUGAAAGCUUUACUAUAUCCUUCAGCAGCUC